CCCGCAGUCAGUCUACCUGAGCCAAAUCCAAUUCGAGUAACGACAACCGAGUAACGACAACACCGCAGCGACCAGCAGCAUGAGGGGACUACUGUACGCGGCGUGCGUGUUCGGCCUGUGCGCCUACGCUCUGGGCGCCGCCGAAGAGGCCGCGAAGCCGGCCGAAGACAAGACGGUUGCCGCCGCCGCCGCCGCCGACGACAAGAAGACGGACGACAAGACGCAGGGCAAGAGGAGUCUGUUCGACACGGGCUACGGCUACGGGUCCGGUUACGGUUACGAGUCCGGCGACGACUACCACGGUCACGGUCACGUCAUCUCCAAAACCAUCGUCAAAGAAGUCGCGCACCCGUACCCGGUGCACGUGGAAAAGCACGUGCCGUACCCCGUCAAGGUGCACGUUCCCGUGGACAGGCCGUACCCCGUGCACGUGCCCAAGCCGUACCCGGUGCACGUAGAGAAGCCGGUGCCGUACCCGGUCAAGGUGGCCGUCCCUCAUCCGUACCCGGUCUACAAGGAAGUCCCGUACCCGGUCAAGGUGCCCGUCGACAGGCCGUACCCCGUGCACGUGCCCAAGCCGUACCCGGUCUACGUAGAGAAGCACGUGCCGUACCCUGUGGAGAAACACGUGCCGUACCCGGUCAAGGUGCCCGUCGACCGCCCGUACCCGGUCCACGUACCCGUCGAGAAGCACGUCCCGUACCCGGUGGAGAGGCCCGUGCCCUACCCGGUCAAAGUCCCGGUCGACCGCCCGUACCCGGUCACCGUAGAGAAGCACAUCCCGUACCCCGUGGAGAAGCCGGUGCCGUACCCAGUUGAAAAGCACGUGCCGUACCCGGUCAAGGUUCCAGUCAAAGUCGAGGUUCCGGUGCCGGUGCCGGUCAAACACCACGACUACCAUCAUUACGACAGCCACGACGAGUACGAACACGGCAGCAGUUACUGAGCGGCACAGCCAAGACUCGCCUGUUACCAGAUAUUCUAAAAAAUUUUUAAAAAAAACUAAGAGGUUACCAUCACCUUUAGCGUGUUAAGUACUCCUUAUUUUUCAUUAUUUUGUGUAUAUAUAGACCAUUUGAAUUAUUACAUAUUUUAUAAAAUCAAAACUAAUUUUAAUUUGAAUACCGGAGCGCAAAGCCUUUUCUUUUCGCUCCGACUGUUGCCAAAUAUAAUAUUAUCGUUUUCCAACGAAACGUCAAUAAAUUUGUUUUUUAUGUAAAUAUAAAA